GUGCAAGUUCGGGGAUUGGUGCCCAUGCCGCAGAGCGUUUGGCGCGAAAAGGUGCAAGUGUUGCUUUAGUUGGUCGCAAUGAGCAACGUCUAAACGAGGCGAGCGAACGAAUCAAAAGCGCCGGUUCACCAGCUGCAUUGGCAAUUGUAGCAGAUGUCACAGUUGAUGCUGAGCGCAUUAUCAACGAAACAAUAAACCAUUUUGGCAAAUUGAAUGUCCUCAUCAAUAAUGCCAGCAUAUAUUCAAGGAAUUCCAUCGAAAACAUGGAUUUGAACGAGUAUGAUCGCAUCAUGAACACAAAUAUGCGCAGUGUAAUCCAACUCACCAAAUUGGCGGUUCCACACUUGGAAAAGACAAAGGUGAACGCCAUCAACCCAGUCGCAAUUCGUACACCAUUAUUCGAAACAAGUGUUGGCAUGACACCACAGCAAGCUGAAGCAUUUUUCGAGAGCUUCAAGAAUAUCUACCCCUGUUGGACGUGUUGA